AGUGCUCAGAGUACGGUCCUUACAAAAGUGUGCUCCUUUCCGAUUUCCGCAAACUUAUUUAAAAUCACAAGCUGAUCAAAGCUGUUGUAAAUUCAUUUUCAGCUGACAAUGAAAGCUGUUAUUCUGGCAGCAGGUUAUGGCACGAGACUGCAGCGGGAUAUUGAGAUCGACACGACGGGGAAAUUCAAGCAUUUGAAAGGCAUUGCCAAACCUCUGCUUCCCGUCGGUUCAUGUGCACUGAUCUCACACUGGCUUCAGGCACUGACCAAAACAGGAUGUGUGGACACUGUUUAUGUGGUUACAAAUGAUCUUCACCAUGAAGCGUUCCAGCAGUGGGCUCAAGAAUUUCCCAAUGUUAAAAUAAUAAACGAUGGUACAAGAAGAAAUAAGGACAGACAUGGUGCCGUUGCCUGUCUCCAGUUGACAAUCAAGUUGUGUGCUGUGGAUGACGACUUACUAGUUAUCGGAGGAGAUACUUUAUUCAAGGAGGACUUCAGCCUCAGGACAUUUACAGAGAGAUUCUUUGAAGUCCAAUCUAAAGACAAAGAGAGCAAUUUAGUGCUGGCAUACCGAUGCAAAGAUGAGGAAACAUCCAAAUACGGGAUUCUAGAGUUGGACGAGGACCUUAAAGUACAGUGUCUGAAAGAAAAACCUCUCUUAAGUGAAACAAAUUCACGUGAUGCUUGUCCAUGCUUUUACUUGUUUUCAAAGACCUCACUUCCUCUUUUGGAAGUUUUUCUCAAUGAGAAGAAGAACAACCCUAUUGAAGAGCGGGAUGCACCAGGGACCUUUCUGUCAUGGCUGAUAUUAAGGAAGCCUGUGUAUGUGCACAGGAUAUCUGGUCGAUUUGAUGUGGGAAAUUUGGCAUCGUAUGUUGAAUGUGACAAAUACUUCAAGGACCAACUUCAAAAUUCAGCUGUUUAUUUAAUGUAGUACAUAAUGAGAGUGAAACAAUCUGAAUAAAACAUCAUUUUUUGUC